CGUCAUUCUUAUGUGAGAAAAAUACGAAAGUGAAUUUUGAAAAAAAGUGGAUAUGAAUUUUCCUUUAAAAUAAUACAAGCUCGCUGCAUAUUAACUAAUAGUCAUCAAAUUUUCGUAAUAUUUAAAAUGUAAUUAAAGUUUCUUCAACAAAAACGUAAUAAAAUUAUAUAUAUUUUGCAAACAUAAAUACUUAUAUCACCAUAUAGGUGCAUAGCACAUAUAUAGAGUGUGCAUGUGUAGAAUACGGAAUAUAUAAGCGUAUGUAUAUAAUAUCUUCUAUACAAAUACUCAGAUAUAUUUAUGUACAUCAGUAAAUACUAUUUUUACAUGUUAACGCUUGAGGAUUACAUUAAAUGCUUAACAAGGAAAGAUGCAUAAUAAAGUCAAACAUUUCUCGCUUCACAAAGUACAUAGACCAGAAAAAAUUAAGGACCUUAAAAUCAAAACAGUUAUAUUUUUACUAUUCAGCUUUAUAACAUGCUUUGUAACGUAUUCUUAUACAACAUAUCAUUCUAAAAAUUUUACAUAUUUUACUUUUGAAGGUGCUUUGUUAAAUAAAAAUGAGAGGUAUUUUAAGUUUUACAAUUAUUUAAACGAAGAAAUUCUGCGUGGUCAACUGGGAUUUGGGAUUCCUUUUCCGAAAAAAUUUUUUGAGUGCAAAAAUGAGUCCAAAAUAACUGAGAUUUACUCUGGCUUGUGCUUGGAAUGGGAAGAUGUUGCCAAACUCGCACUUUACCAUAAAAUUGAGAACACUGCUAAUUGUUACUACAUUAAAUGGAUUGCUCUUUCAGAAAAAAUUUUGCCAACAGAUUGUUACGAAUUAUCAAGAAAUAAUGGGAUUUGGUUUGGCGCUUCUAAAACCAAAAAUUUGUUUUUGCACCUAAAUAAUGACAAUUUUACAUUUCAACCUUUGAUAAGUGGAGACACAAAGUUGAGUAUUUUUGGUAAUGGUAUUAAAAGAUACUUUAUAAAUUCACUUGGAGUUGCUAUUAGUAUUGAGAAUAAAGUUCCUUUGCACAUAUCCGUAAACAAAACGUCAAAUUUAAUUUGUUUUCGAGCUAUGAAUGAUGAUUUCGCUUUCGUUAACAGAGCUACUAAAAUGCCUCAAUUGUCUUAUAAAGUAUGCACUAAAUCAGAUGAUAUUAAGGGUUUGCAUCGUAUUAUGACUCAACAAAACCUUUGGAAAAAUUUGAAAGAACCCAAUAUCAAAGUUUUACAUUCUGUAAUAGAAGAACCGAUAUGGAAAAUUCCCACAAAACAAAAAGCAAGCAUAUUAAAUGAAACCAUCAUUUACAAUUAUUCAGAGAACAUUAUUCAAAUGGGUUACAUGAAACUUGGUCACAUUCUGGUGAAUGAAUUUUGGCAACAAAACAUUGGAGAUCUUACCGUUCAUCAAAGCAGGUUUCAGAAUUUGAAAAACGUCAUUGAUAUAUUACAUAGACGUGGAUUUAAAAUUGUUUUCACUAUACAACCUUUUGUUAGUACUGAAAGCUCUAAUUUUAAAUAUUUGGUGCAGAACAAAUUAUUGGUAUUCGAACGUAGUAGCAAGAGAACCGUUCCAGCUUUAACAAAAUAUAAAAGCAUGUUAAGUGCUGCUGUGUUGGAUAUUACAAAUAAUGUAACAGUGUCGUGGAUUUUUCAAAAAUUAAAGCAAAUCAAGGAAAAUUAUCAUGUAGACUAUUUUUAUCUCGAUUUGGGUUCUGCUUACAACUUUCCAUAUUACUACCAAUGUCGAAAACCACUGGUUAGUCCAGAUUCAUACUUUGAAGCCUUUAUACAAAAUUUAGAGCAAAUAGGGUUUAUCGGAAUUUCAACGGCGUCGUUCACACCUAAGCCACCAACCUUUCUAAGCAUUCCUCCUUUAAACUCGUCCUGGGAAAGUUUACAAGAAUUAAUGAUUUAUAUUCUUCUGUACGGUAUAUUAGGAUUUCCUUUUAUAAUACCAGGCUCCGUGGGUGGUGAUUUUUUGUUACCUUAUAAUAAUCAAAAAUUUAUUAAUUCGAAUUCUUUUGAACAAGCCUCACUACCCUCACAAGAAUUAUAUAUCCGCUGGCUUCAACUAAUUAUUUUCCUACCAGUUGUUCAAUUUGCGCAUUUACCAUCUGAGUACAAUAACAGAACGGUUACAAAUAUUUCAAAAGAACUGACUGCUAUAAGGCAAAAAAGUGUUAUUCCGCUUCUGAAAAAAUACUCGAUAGAUUCAAUAAAUGAAGGUACACCAUUAGUACGCCCUUUGUGGAUGCUGGAUCCUAGCGAUUUGGCUUGUGUUAACUUAAAUGAUGAAUUUUCGAUUGGAGAAGAUUUAAUAGUGGCUCCAAUUUUAAAUCAAGGAAUCACUUCAAGAGAAGUAUAUCUACCUCAAGGUGUGUGGAAGGAUGGAAUAGACGGAAGUCUUAGGAAAGGCAGUCGAUGGAUCCAUAGUUACAAAGUUCCAACGGAAAAAGUAGCUUACUUUGUCAAAAUGCCGGACAACACUAGAUUUUGAAAUAAAGUUGGCAGAAUUAUUUAACACAAGGAUCAAUACAUUUUGAAAAUCAAUAGUUGUAAUAUUUUAAAAGACUUGUAUGAAAAUGAUAUUAAGUAGAUGGUUAUUUUCAAACUGACCUAAAUGGAAUAUUGCUCCACUUGGGCUUAAAAUAACGGCAAAAAUUCAAUUAACUGUAAUUCAAUAAAAAAUUCAAUAAAAAGAUAACUUCAAA